AUGAACAGUGCCGGCAGAACUUCCCCCGACAAGGGCAAAUAUAAAAUUUCACGACGAGGGAAAAAGCUUAUGUUAGCAGACGACCAAAGAACGUUAAUGGCUUUGCCCAAAGAUGUUCCAGAAAGGACAUGGGCAGAAAUACUCCAAAAAGAAGAAGACGAUUUGAUGAUACUCGAUAUUCGAGAAGAGAUAAUAGAAGAAGCUAUGAAGAUUUGCUAUGAGCAAUAUAUGGAGCGACAAAACUCCUUGUUCACAGCUCACUGUGCGGCUAAGGCGUGGCUCAAGCUGAUUGACUGGUACUUCUACCGGCACGACCCCGGCGAGGAGCCGAGCGCGCACCCCCCUUGCUACAUCCCCAAGCGGCGCGAGUCGUGGGCCCCCGACGCCCCGCCAGACCCCUGCCCUAAGGAUACUUGGUGUCAACACGAUCUGAUCGUACUCGAGGAGACGCAAGAGGAGGGCAUCAAGAAGUGGCCCAGCAGCUCGUCCAUUGACUAUCCCGUUGUGGAUGAUAUACCAUCUGAUUGCUGCUUCCCAGGUAAAGUCAAUCUGCCAUUCGCAAGUGAGACAGAUAAUUAUAAAAAUCUUAGUUACUGUGUGUCAUAGGAUUCCAGCAGUGUAACAAGCGAACCCAAUAUUUGUGCUGAGAGCGAAAUAUUGCAGAAGAUCACCGACUACAGCACUGAGGAAAUAUCGCAUAAGGAGUCAACAUACAGCGCAUUGAAAACAACCACUCCAGUAGACGGGUCUUUGCAUGGUGCUGGCGAUUCCAUAGUAGACCGGCUUCGACCAAAGCGGAAGCUAACUGAGAAGAGCAAGCAGUUUAGUAGACCUAGCAUGAUUGGAAGAUCGAAAGCCACUCUUCCACCAUUGGACGGGGAUUCCCGGUCUCGAAUCAGUAUUAUUUCUGAUUGUCGUUUGAGGAACUUAAGGUUGGACACGCAAUACGAAAUAACAUCAGAGAAGAUUGACACGCCUCCGGGGGAAACCGUGAAACGGAAGUAGAUGUGCUUUGAUAUGACUGUAAUAAAAUAUUAGGGAUUUUGAUAUUUUUUAUUCAUUUUCACGAAAUCAUUUAUUGUAAAGUUGAUGAAGAAAUUGAUAACGUGAUAUCAAUCUUAUUAUUGUUAUUUAAUUCCCAAUUGGGAAUCAGAUUAGAGAUUUAUCAAUUUUCAACCGACUCAAAAAAGCAGAACGUUAUCAAUUCGACUAUAUUUUUGUAUUUGUUACCUUAUGUCUUUUUACUGGGUGAACUGAUUUUUA